AUGGAGAAGGACGGUCUGAGAGCCGACCAGCAGUACGAGUGCGUGGCGGAGAUCGGGGAGGGCGCCUAUGGGAAGGUGUUCAAGGCCCGGGACCUGAAGAACGGAGGCCGAUUCGUGGCGUUGAAGCGCGUGCGGGUGCAGACGGGCGAGGAAGGCAUGCCGCUCUCCACCAUCCGCGAGGUGGCGGUGCUGAGGCACCUGGAAACCUUCGAGCACCCCAACGUGGUCAGGUUGUUUGAUGUGUGCACUGUGUCACGAACAGAUAGAGAAACCAAACUAACAUUAGUGUUUGAACAUGUUGACCAAGACUUGACCACUUACUUGGAUAAGGUUCCAGAACCUGGAGUGCCAAAUGAAACUAUAAAGGAUAUGAUGUUUCAGCUUCUCCGAGGUUUGGAUUUUCUUCAUUCUCACCGAGUAGUGCAUCGUGAUCUGAAACCACAGAAUAUUCUAGUAACCAGCAGUGGACAAAUAAAGCUGGCUGAUUUCGGCCUCGCCCGUAUCUACAGUUUUCAGAUGGCUCUUACAUCAGUGGUUGUCACACUUUGGUACAGAGCACCAGAAGUCCUGCUUCAGUCCAGCUACGCCACCCCCGUGGAUCUCUGGAGUGUUGGCUGCAUAUUUGCAGAAAUGUUCCGUAGAAAGCCUCUUUUUCGUGGAAGUUCAGAUGUGGAUCAACUAGGAAAAAUCUUGGAUGUAAUUGGACUCCCAGGAGAAGAGGACUGGCCUAGAGAUGUUGCUCUUCCCAGACAGGCUUUUCAUUCCAAGUCUCCUCAACCUAUUGAGAAGUUUGUAGCAGAUAUUGAUGAACUAGGCAAAGACCUACUUCUGAAGUGCUUGACAUUUAAUCCAGCCAAAAGAAUAUCAGCCUACAGUGCCCUGUCUCACCCAUACUUCCAUGACUUGGAGAGGUUCAAGGAAAACCUGGAUUCCCAUCUGCCACCCAGCCAGAACAGCUCAGAGAUGACUACAGCUUGAUGUCUCAUCCACUACCUUGAGCUAAUCAUCUGGAGAGCCCAUUGGUGGCUUAUGGGCUCCUCCUGAGUAAGCCUUGCAGAGCUAUUGAAGAUCUUUGACUGGAGACCGUCUAACUGCCCCCCUUUUCAAUGGGCUCUGAGUCUCCAAGGAAACUGCCUAGUUUACUAUUUUGAAAUCAAUGCAAGAAUGAUUGCAGCUUUAUGUUCAUUUGUUUGUUUGUUUGCCUGUUUGUUUCAAGAAUCUGGAAAAACUCCAGAAGAGAAGCUGCUGACCAAUUGUGCUGCCAUUUCAUUUUUCUAACCUUGAAUGCUGCCAGUAUAAAGUGAGCAAUCCAGGCACAGCUGAGUUAUGUCACCUCUCUGCAGCUGCCAGAGCCUGAUUUGGUACUUGGUACUUUUGUAAUGAGAGAUAGAGGGGGGAGGGAGGGUGUGUGUGUGUGUGUAUGUGUGUGUGUGUUCCUUGUUUUUUUAAAGUGUUACUUUCUGUAAACAACAAGAGUAGUUGAAGUGUAAAGCAUCAAAGUGACUGAUAAAUUAUAGGCAUCUAUUGGCUGAAGGUGCCACUGAAUGAGCGUCUCAAAUGAGAAAAUUGACCCUGUGUUCUCAAUGUUUCUUUUCUGGCCAAAAGCAGUAAAAGAGAGGUUCACAAUCUUAAUGAAGUUCUUGUACAUAACAAAAAGAAGAAACAUCCUACUGUCUUCUAAGAGAUCUAUGUUUUAAAGCAUACAUUCUAAUUACUCUUCAGAAAGCUUGUAAGUCAAUUUAGUCCACGUAAUAUGCUUUACUAUUCCUUUUCAAAAAAAUUCCCUAUAAGCUUUUUAUUACUUGCUAUAGAUUUAGGGAGUGUACCUCAAAUAGUUAAAAUUAUUAAAAAAAAAAAAAAAGAAGAAUGCUUUGUUUUCGCAUUUGAGAUAUAUUUCCUUCUUGGCUUUUGUUGUUUUUGUUUUGUUUUGUUAUUUUAGGAUUUGUCAGAAACUGUUUCAUACUUUGGUUUGGAGCAUUCUCUUGGACUAGAAACAGGAAUACCAUUUAAUCUUUCCAUCCCUAUUAUACUGUACUUUUUCUACCAUGCACUGCCUUAUUUGCAAAGUACUAUCUUAUCUAUUCUCCAGUAUCUCCAAUUGUCUCCAAUAUGUGUUACUGUCAUUACAAAGCUAAUAAUAGAUUGCUUAAACUCUGCCCAUACACCUCCUGCUUUCUUUCCUUCAGUAAUCCUUUCUUAAAUAGACUCAGAUUAUAGUUUAUGGCUCCAGUUUGGCAGUCCUAAUAGGGGGUUCCUAUAUGCUCUUGUUCUAAUGCAGUCCCCCUAGGUGUCAUUUACUGUUGUUACCUAGGCAAUGGAUAGAAUUCUGACGGGCUCUUCUCUAUCACCAGCACAAAGAUUGCUUAAGACUGUUACUUGGUAUUUUACUUUUUUAGAACAUGUUUGCCAGUGUAGUAUUUGAGGAGAAAUCUUUCUAACUAUUUUUUUGGAAAUACAGAUUUACUUAAUUAUGACCCUUUCUCCAUCCCCCAGGCUGUGCUUGUUUCUAGUGUCUUGUGCUUACUCCUACUCUAUGGAGCCAGCCUGACCUGGGUAUUAUGAACAGCUUUACCUUUUUUUCUUGUCAUUCUCUCUACAGGACUUUAUAUUCCAUGCCAUCUCUGCCUUAUAUGUUGUUAGAAUUCAGUUGGCAUUAGUAGCCAGAAAACACAGAGAUUACAUAGCUUUGGGGAAAUUUAUCUAUCUUUGCUUUCUGACUCAUGUUUUGAGUGCAUGCAAUAAUUAAAUCAUGUCUUAGUGUUAGUAUUUUUAAAGAAGGGACAUUGUUUCACUUUGUAUAAAAUGUUCCAGAUGAUCUUUAUACACUAUGAAGUCUUACUGAAUUCUUCACAGUUUAGUGUUGUAUAAAAUGAUCUAUAAUAAGAGGAAAACUUGGUAACCUUUUCUCCUUGGCAGAUUUUUGAGUCAGGAACCAUUCUUUUUUUAGUACAUAUAUUGUUAAAUGUUUUAAUAUGUACAUACAUACAUUUUUAGUACAUAUAAUCUAACUUAAAGAGCAGGAAUUUUUUUCUAAAGCAAAAUAUUAGUGGGUCACAAGGAUGUUUUGUACUUUUUUCAUUGAUCACUAUUUGUCAUCUACACUGAUGCUUGAGAUAUAGUGAAUCCAGAGCAUUUAGUGCAAGGUGGAGUUGGAGUCUCCCUUGAGAAGUGGGUUCUGCCUUUCUUUUGACCCAGGGACAAAAUUCAAAGAACUAUACUAAGGUUGAGAAACUGAACUGUGACAUUGACUGCAGUGAUUCAUCAUGGGGUCUUCAGUUAGUAUCUGUGGUUAAAGUGAGCAUAAGUUUUUGCUUUUGCAAAAGUUUUUUACAAGUCCAAUAAAAAAAUCACAGCUGUUCCAAACUGGAAUUUUUCAGCAGUUUUCAGAAUUUUAAAUGAGCUCAGCUUUUCUUUCUAGCAUAUGCAUUUGGUUCAUUCCUUAGUAGUGUUUAUAGAUAAAAUUCAAAGCACAAAUAUUUUGGCAUUAGAUACUUAGCAAACUACCUACCCUUGGAGAGACAGAAUGAGGAUAUUUCAGUCUCUGAACUUUGUGAAGAGUUUAUCCCCACGCCACUCCCAUCGGUGCAGUUACACUUGAGUGAUUACUCUCUCAUUUUAUGUCUUUUACAUCUGGGUUCACUGCUUCUGAAAUUUAGAUCCCAAAUGAGCACCCUUGCCAUUGAGACACUUUGAAGCAUAUUGCAGAAUGCAGACUUACUGAAUACAGCUAUUCUUCUGUGACAUAUGGCCUCAGACAUCUUUACCAACAACUGGGCAGUAGUUAGCGGAAAAGGUCAUACUGACCCAAGGGUUAUACUGAAGCAGCUUAUAGCAGUAAAACUAUGGUGGCAGACUAGAGUUCAUUAAAAACAUAUCAAAAGAAUUAAAGUCAACUGGCAACUGUGCACUUAAUAUGUUCAAAAACAAAUUUUACAGAAAAGCACAACCAGCUACUAUUUCAGAGGCUGAGCCAAACAAACUAACACAGCCACGUGAAACUAAACUUGUCAUGCAAGCCCAGGUAUGCUUGUUGUUAUAUAUAUAUAUAUGGCAUUUGAUUCCUACCCCACCAGAAUUUUUGAAAAUUUGUGAAACCCAAAUCAUUCAUUGUAUACAUUCAAUAUAUUUAUACACAUGACUAAAAAGACAUGAUUUUAUCCACAAUGGAAAAUUUCUUGAGGCUACUAAAAAACCUGUCAAGCAAGGUAAAUUCUCAGAUUAGUAGUGGUGUUUUCCCUGAAAGCAUAAGAACAUAUCAUUAUUGUUUCUAAGUGCAGUUGUCACCCUAGUUUAGCAACGACCAAUUAUCACCCCAGUUUUACUACAACCUAUAUAUCAAGCAUUUCUAAAUUGAACUUUUUCAGGAAAUAAACCAAAAAUAUUGCUUUGGCUUUUUGCAUCUUCUGACUUUCAAAUACAGCAGACAUUUAGAAAGACAAGGGGCACAAUGAUUUUUUAAUACUUAUUCUCAGUUGCUUUUUUAAUGUUGCUCUAGGGAAUGAACUCAGAGCCUCUGAUCAGUAUCCAGGACCCAACUUUUCCUUUCUUAGAAAGAGAAAGAGAGGUGAGAGGAGAGAGAUGCCAGAGCAUAUCUUCUCUAUCCAUGGAGCUCCCCCUGACCCAUGCUGUCCAUGGUGCUCCCAUAUGGUGCCAGGCGUGAACCUAGGGCCUCACUCCAGAUAUGCACUCGACCAAGAGAACUAUCUUCCAGUCCUGAGUGCAUUGUUUUUUAAAGGAAGUAUACAUCUGCUUUUUAAAAUGCUUCCUUUGUCUUAGCAUUACCAGGGAGUUAAUAUAGAUAAAUGAAUAGAUGUCCAUCAACACUUGUAUUUCCUUGAUACUGGUGCUCUUUGUCGUCAAGAAAAAUAUUAGCAACUACCUAAAAAUAAGUACUGGAUUUUUUCAAAUAUUUAUUUAAGUUCUGUUACAGCAAUUUGAAACCAGUAAGGUAGAGAACAAAGGAAGCUUGUUUUUUCUUUCAAAUGUCUAUUUUUUAAAUUCAUAUUGUCCUAAUUGAUGGACUUUCUUGUUUAGUUCCACUGAAUUGCACAAGAUGGCACUUUCAAGGGGGAAAUCUGAGCAAAGCUGAGCAUUCUAGCUUUAUCCUUCUGCACAUAUUUAACUCUUGCCUAGUACUUGUUUUCAGAAUGAUCAGUCAUCUUCACAGUGCUCUGUAAGUUUCAUAUUUUGGUAGUUAACUAGUUCCUGAAUCAACUGUCUGCAAGUACAUUGUUCUUGGGGAUAUGUCAUAUGACCAUAUUGACCAUCUAUAUACAUAAAGAAAAGCUGACCAUUUAUUCAAGAAACAUUUUGAGAUAACUAAUAACUUCACUUUUUUAGGUGAAGAAGUUAAAGAGAUGGGCAUACUUAUUUCUGCCCCCCCCCCCCCAAAAAAAAAAGCAACAUUCAUCUGUGAGCAGGAUUCUUCUGUUAGGAGUGUAAAACUUCCAUUGGCCCUAGCCAAAAUACCCAUCCCAAUUUUCUAAGUCUCUUUCCUCAACAGUAUCAAAAUUUAGGAGAAAGGAAAUUACAGUAUUUUUUUGGAGUUUUCUUAGCAUAACAUAACAGAAAGCAGCUUACUAUCUCUGAAUGGCAGGGACUUCAUAGUAUCAGCUUUCUUCAGAAUUGCAAUAGGCAAAUCUCCCUAACUCAUACUGACUCAAAAAUAUCACACCUACAAUGGACUAUCACAGAGUUCAGAAAUUGUCAGCCUCAGUCCUCUGCUUUAUUUUAUCUCUUAUGUGAAAGGUUUAAUUCAAACCUCAAAUUAUUAAUGGGCUGGUCUGAACUCUCUGUUUGCCCAUGUCCAUAAUUUAAUAACCACCUGAAACCUUGGGGUACAGUUUCCCUACCCCCUUGGCAGAAGAGUGGCAGUGGACAGAGCUGCUUGGACCCACCUGUCACUCAACUGGAAGUGCUGUGAAUGAGGUAUCCGUUGGGGGGUGGGGGUGUGCUGUCCAAAGCCUGCUGCUUUCUCAGAAGCAUCUGUUCUUCAAUCUUAGAAAAUAAUGUGGUCCUAGAGGCAAAUAGGUGUCUUCUGUGCAAAACUGAGUACAGUACAAUUCUCUGUCCUGUAUGGAGCUGUCUGCAAAGCAUCUCUGAAGCUUUUAAGCUCAGCUUUUUUUUUUUUAAGGUGUAUAAUUACAGCAAAUAUUCUUUUUUUUUUUUUUUUACUUUCUGUCAUUCUACAUAAAUGAUAACUUAUGCCUGGAAAGAUCUGUGUUUUUGUUUUUUUUAGCAGAGGGGGGAUGGGAAUUUGGUUUACUUUCUGCUUCAGCCUCAGUUGUCAAGAGUUCCUGACUCGAUAAUUUCUCAUGUCUUCUUCCCCUUUUUUUCUUUCAACAAGUAAUUAUGUAAGCAAUUUAUUUCACCUAGGAAGAACUCUUCCUGUUUAAAGGACUCUUUUCUGUUAGUUAGAAAGCAAAUGAUCAACCACUUGGAGCUUCGAUUGUCAUAGUUAGGUUUUAAUAAAGGGGACACAUAACUUUAGAUUUUGCUGCCAGGAACUAUGACUAUAGCACUUAUCAGCAGAUGUAGAGCCUACCAUUAUUUAAAACCUAAUUCUCUGUGGUGUCCAGCCAAAUUCCAUUGAUAGCCUUAGGUUUUAGUCCUGAAGCUACUCUUUGUAUCCUUACUUGAAUGUCUCUGUAAUCUUCUGUGAAAUACAAUAGUAUGUAUUUCCAAGCAGUAGCUCUGUAAUCAUCAACACUCAAAAUUUGAAGUUUCUGAAUGAUGACAAUAGAUACCAGUAGAAAUGCAUUUCUUGAACUCCCCAAGUACAUUGUAUAUCUUCUCAGUUUGGUCUUUAUUUGCAGUAAUGUAUACAUUAAUAUCACAGUUCCUCACUUCAUACUCAUUUAUUUGCUGAUGACUAGUAGUAAGCAUAUUAGUUGGCACAUGGGGUAAAAUGUAUCAACUAACCCUAAGAUCAGCACUUAAUAAGGUUGGGAAUUUCCAUAUCAAGUUGUUCUACAUUUACAUAAAUUAUUUCUAAUAUUAUUCAUGUGUAUUAUUUAUUUCUGAGUCUCACUAGUCCUGUAAAAGUGUAACUGAAGACAGACCACAUUAAGAAUUGCAUUUUAACAUUCAUUAUCAUGGUAUUGAUGGAAUUGAAAUAAAAAUUUACCUAAACCCCCAAAGAAACUUCAUGCAUUUUAACAUAAUUAUUUACAGAUAGUUAUACUAUAGGUGUAAUAAUUUUAUGUCUAGCUGCUUUGUGGUAGAUAAAAGAAUUAAAGCUAAGGACUUUGUAGUUCUUUUGUCAAAUAUGCAUACAGCAUAGUGUGAAGAUUAAAAAAAAAAAAAGAUAAAAAGAAAACUAAAGAUGUAAAAGCUUCAGAUACUGCUUUAAUUUAGAAACUCACCAGAUAAGCAGUGGAGUAGUUACGAGGCAUACACAGGUGCCUAGGCAGUGUUUCCUCCUUUCUGGCCUUGAGUAGAAGCUUCCCCCAUGCCAACUAGUGCCCUCAUAGGUGCAGUAGUGAGAACAGUCAGGUCAAAAGAAGUUUCUGUAGAAGUACAGAUGUCAGUUUGUGUCUUGAGGUUGCCAGAAUGUGUCAGAUGGUAACCAAGUUUCCUCGUAUCAAGUUGUGUGGUUCUGUGCAGGAUCAAUCCAGUUUGGUAAUGGAAACAAAGAUUGCCUGUCUUGUAGUUGACAAUGGGAUUUUAGCAGCCUAGAAUCUCCAACACUUCGCAAGCUUGUUGCAUUGCUGGUACUUUAGGUUGAUCUGAAAGUUAAAUGGCAAGUGUUUAGUGUAAUAGAGUAGUGUGUUAAGAAAAGUACAACAUUGGUUCCCAUAGAAUGCAGAUUAGAACUAGAGGGUUUUGUGGGUUUAUCCGUUCCUAGAUGCAUAGAAGCACGUUUUCACUGUUAAAUGUACUAGUGUUUCUGCAUUCUUGUAGGCCCUUGUGAAAUUUUUCAUCUAGGUUUCAGCAAGGCUGUCACACCUUAUAAGCUUUUUACUUUAUUUUUACUUAUAUUAGAAAAAAAUUUUUUUUUAAAUAGCUAUCUUAACUUGGACUUUGACUUGUUGGUUUCUGUUUGAAAUCACAGUUCUGGAGAUGUAGAAAUUGUGCCUGCUGAUGUCACAUACUAAUCUAGGUAGGCUGUGUGAACCUGCCCAAGCUCACCAGUACUCCCCAACCCCUUUCUUCCUCCCUUCUUCCCACCGAAGUGCUCUUUACCCACCAUCCUGGCCUGUUCAUGUGGUGCUCUCCAUCUUCUUCUGCUGUUCUUUGUGUCAGGCACAUGAUAAGAGAUGCUUUAGGCAUUACAGUUGUGCCUGUUCAGGCUUGGCCACCACCCUUAUUUGACCUUCGGCUGGCCAUGGUCAUCAAGAGAGGGUCCAGGUGCUGGGUGCAGAGUGUGCUCACAGCACCUAUUACGAAUGCCCUCUGGUAGCUGCAUAUACUUCUUGAUUUCUUUUUCAACCAAGUUAUUCUGCAGAGCAUUCAAUUUUGAUUGUGCUAUAGAGAGAAAAACUAACCAAGAAUACAAAGCCACAUUCCAGGCUGCUAUAUUCUAUCCAUUUCCAACCUAUGCUUUUACUGCAUUUCUUCAUACUUGAAACAUCCUGUAAUUAUAAUAUCAGGGUACAGAUUUUUAUGGGUGCAUGUUCCUUAAAGGUGCAAAAUUAUUUCCAUUCCGUUUGCUCACAUGGCUACAAAAUGCUGUUUUUGGUGCUUUGGGUUCAGCAGGUCAAAGAAGCAGUGUGGAAAUUCACUGCCUGGAACAGUCUUACAAGAAUGUUGGCUGGUGACUUGGUAUAGAUACUGCUUCUGCGCUUUUCUUUGUAUAUAAAAUUGAGUACCACUGGUCUGUCGGGUUCACCUGAUUUAUCCUUCCUCCCCAAUUAUAGAUAGCUUAUGCUACCCUAGUUGCGGGUGCAGUGCCAUUCUCUGGAAACAGGAACCUUUCUAUACGUCGCGAUCAUUUAAACCUCAAAGAAAAUGGUCUCGAAUGUAGAAAGGGGCAAAAUGGGAAGAAUCCUUUCAUUUAGCUGUCACCCUUUUAUUCCAUACUGAAAGCCCUCUUAAGGCAAAAAUAAAAUAAAAUAGUGGAUUUUAUCUAUAAAAUUAGCCACUUCAUAGCACCCUGAGCACAGUGAUCUUGCAUCCCUCUUUCACAUAGGUGAAAUCAAAAUUUGCCUGGGCUUUUCUCAACUAAAAAGGAAAAUGGAAAAAUUAGUCUUUGUAUCAUGUGACAUAAGUAAUCCAAGGAUCAUGAAAACUUACAUUAAAUAAUCUAUCACUAGAAAUCUGUUUUAAAAGGAGCUCAAAUCUCCCAGUGCCCUCCUAUCUAGUCCCUCCUAUCUCUCCAUCACCCAGAGUCUUUUUCUUUUGUUCAGAACACAGUGCACAGUGGUGAAGGAGGACUUAAAUUAGUGGUAAAGGUUGUGUGCAGACACUGUAAUGUACUCAUGUGACCUAUCAAUCAUUAUUUCCCUCAUAAAGAGAGUUGGAUGGAGGAGUGUGUAACUCAAAUAAAGGAUGUUAUAGUCCAGGGUUUCUGAGGUCUGAAGUAUCCAUGCUAGCCUGUGCCUUACUCUAAGACUGCCUUGGAACGGUAUAACUGUUUAUGGUGACUGUUGCUAUGGAAGAUGUAGCAUGUCAGAAAAUUCAGAGGGUUGCAGUUGUUUCAUUCUUUGGAUACUGGAUAUCUCACUGGGUGCUAAAAUGCAAAUUUAGGUAUUUAUUGUCAGAUCAUGGAAUUCAUCAUUUUCUAAGAAUUGGUAUUGAAAUUUCACUGUCCAGUUCAUUGUGCUCACAUAUGCACAAGCUAAAUUGAAGCUUAAAAAUGGUUUGUGUAUUUGUCAUACUUUUGUAUUUCUUACAAUAAAUAUAUUGGUAGCAAAUAAAAACAAUAAAACCAGACAUUUUAAACU